CCUAUCAUCUCUGUAAAAUCUCUUCCUGCCUCCUCUCUUCUUCUUGCUUCUUUAAAUCUUGCCACCAAUCCUCUAUCUUAAUAUUGUGUUGGAUGGCUGGCUUUCUGUGUACCAUCAUUUCCUGAAUGAAGUUGGUGUGCUCCUACUUUUUGUCAACCCCCCACCCCCUCCAAAAAAAAAAAAAGAGAGGAAAAACCUCCCACGUUGACCACGAUGCCCCCCAUGAAUUACCCAUUUCGCUUCUCAACCCUUUUUUUCAGUCUUAUAUACUACUUGAAGCCUCCCUCCCUCUCAAGCCUUCUCAUAAUUCCUCUGCCUCCGUUGGUUGUAGAAAUCUGAUGAAGUCUGAGGAGUUAGCCUCUCUUGUAUUGGUUGAUGCCAUGCUGGUGCCUCCUUCCAAUCAGCCAUAGUAUAGUUCGGUUGGUAUUGGAGUUGGUGGUGCCCAAGUGAUCAAAGAGUGUUUUUGUGGGGAGAAAUCAUGUAAAGUUACUUCCUUUCGGCUGUGAGUGAUUCUCCUGGAGCAAAAAGCUAUCUUUCCAUCUGGAUUUUGAGCCCCCACUGGUCCUUUUUUCUGGUUCUCAUGUGUUUGUUAGCAUUCUUGGAAGAGUUGUACCUUUUUCCCCAUGAAUGUGGAUGGUUGUUGUGAUGCCCAACUUAUGUAAUCUAAUUUCUAUUCUUCUAACUGCACUGUUUCAUAUUUAUCUAACUAUUAGAGCCUAGGAAUUGUGGUGCCAUCUGGAAAAGUUCUUUUCUUUCUUUUCUCUCAUCCUUCUUGCAACACCAAUAGAGCAAUGGAGGAAACUUAUGUACCUUUUCGUGGAAUCAAGAAUGACCUCCAAGGAAGAUUGAUGUGCUACAAGCAAGAUUGGACUGGUGGCUUCCGUGCAGGCAUCAGGAUUUUGGCUCCAACCACAUAUAUAUUCUUUGCAUCUGCAAUCCCAGUCAUAUCAUUUGGAGAACAAUUGGAGAGGAAUACUGAUGGGAUUUUAACAGCAGUUCAAACAUUGGCAUCGACUGCACUUUGCGGGAUUAUACAUUCCAUUAUAGGUGGUCAGCCUUUGCUGAUUCUUGGAGUAGCAGAACCAACUGUGCUUAUGUACACAUUUAUGUUUGACUUUGCAAAAGAUAGAAAAGAUUUGGGUCCAAAGCUUUUUCUAGCAUGGACUGGAUGGGUAUGUGUAUGGACAGCCUUCUUGCUGUUCUUGCUGGCUAUUCUAGGUGCUUGCUCCCUUAUCAAUAGAUUUACUCGGCUAGCUGGUGAGCUGUUUGGUCUUCUGAUUGCUAUGCUCUUCAUGCAACAAGCUAUUAAAGGGCUUAUUGAUGAGUUUCGCAUACCCAAAAGAGAUAACCCAAAUGCGUUAGAAUUCAUUCCAUCCUGGAGAUUUGCCAAUGGAAUGUUUGCUCUAGUUCUGUCCUUUGGCCUUCUACUGACUGCACUCAGAAGUAGGAAGGCACGGUCAUGGCGAUAUGGAACUGGUUGGCUACGAGGUUUCAUUGCGGACUAUGGCGUGCCACUGAUGGUUCUUGUCUGGACUGGGGUUUCUUAUAUACCAUCUGGUGAUGUUCCAAGAGGGAUACCUAGACGCCUUUUCAGCCCAAAUCCAUGGUCACCUGGUGCUUAUGAGAACUGGACAGUCAUCAAGGAUAUGCUGAAUGUGCCCGUUCUCUACAUACUUGGAGCUUUUAUUCCAGCUACGAUGAUAGCAGUCCUCUACUAUUUUGACCACAGUGUAGCAUCUCAACUAUCACAGCAGAACGAAUUCAAUCUGAGGAAACCACCAUCUUAUCAUUAUGAUUUACUUCUUCUGGGCUUUCUGACCUUAACAUGUGGCCUAAUUGGAAUCCCCCCAUCAAAUGGUGUCAUCCCACAAUCUCCAAUGCAUACUAAGAGUUUGGCCACUCUCAAGCAUCAGCUUCUUCGUAAUAGAUUAGUAGCCACUGCACGGAAAAGUAUCCACCAGAACUCAAGCCUGGGACAACUAUAUGGAAAUAUGCAAGAAGCUUAUCAGCAAAUGCAAACCCCAUUAAUCUACCAAGCACAAUCUUCUCAGGGAUUAAAGGAACUAAAAGACUCAACUGUCCAGAUGGUUUCAAGUAUGGGACAUAUUGGUGCUCCAGUUGACGAAUCCACAUUCGAUGUUGAAAAGGAAAUUGAUGAUCUUAUACCUGUUGAGGUUAAAGAACAGCGUUUGAGCAACUUGCUGCAAGCUAUGAUGGUUGGAGGCUGUGUUGCAGCCAUGCCAUUUCUUAAAAAGAUUCCAACAUCAGUUCUCUGGGGUUACUUUGCCUUCAUGGCCAUUGAGAGCUUACCCGGUAACCAGUUCUGGGAAAGAAUUCUGCUGCUCUUCACUGCUCCUAGCAGGAGAUACAAGGUUCUUGAAGAAUACCAUGCCACCUUUGUAGAGACUGUGCCUUUUAAGACCAUCACAAUUUAUACUUUUUUCCAGACCACUUACUUGCUUUUGUGUUUUGGAAUAACAUGGAUUCCCAUAGCUGGUGUCCUCUUUCCCCUACUCAUCAUGCUUCUAAUUCCUGUGAGGCAAUAUGUUCUGCCCAAAUUUUUCAAAGGCCUACACCUUACAGAUUUAGAUGCAGCAGAGUAUGAAGAGUCACCUGCUUUAGCAUUUAAUGUGGCGGCGGAGGUUGAUACAGGUAUUAGGCAUUCAUCCGCGGAGAGUGCAGAAAUUCUAGAUGAGAUGGUCACCAGAAGCCGUGGCGAAAUUAAGCACAUUUACAGUCCUAAAGUCACUAGUUCUAAUGGAACACCAACCACUGAUUUAAGAGGCCUUCACAGUCCCCAGUUUUCAGAGAAAGCAUAUAGCCCCCGGAUAGCUGAACUGCGACAAGAGCGAAGUCCUCGUCUCAGUGGAAGAGGGACAUAUAGUCCGGGGAGUGAAGCCAGAUCAUCAAAAUUGGGAGAGAGUUCUAAGGAUUCAACCUUGAAAUAACAAGGAAUGAUCUCUCUCUUGUUAUAAUGUUCAUGCAAUGUGCUUAUUCCUCCCUAGUUAUGGUAUGCUUUCAUUUUACGUUGAUAGUCUGCCAACUGUCAUGUAAAACCUCCAAUCUCCUCUUCACCUCUCCUGUGUCCAGGGGAGAUCAUGUAUUGUCAUGACCAUACGAAUAGUAGAGAAGUGCUUGAGAUAUUAGUGCUUUUCUUGAAUAUGGUCAUGGCCAUGGACAUUUCAUGACCUCUCCACCUUUUUUUAUUUAAGCUUAUCUUUUUGUUAUCAGAACUUCAAUUAUAAGCAUGCUCUUUCUA